AUGAACUCCGUCGCCAACACCUCUCCCGUCAAUUUCCCCCACCGCCCCCCAAACACUCACCUUUCUGCCAGAAAGCUCGCCGCACGCUUAUGGCACUUGCGUGUCUUCCAGAUUCAGUCUUCUCCGCCACGCGUCAAACUCUCAAAGAAAGAGGUUACGAUACGCUCAAAAAUAAUAGGUGAUUCUGUUGUCUCUGCUCUGAUAUCAGAACUCCUUCGCGCUCAAAGCUUCAUCAACAAGCUUAAAGCCCAACACAAGUCCUAUAAGAAAAAGAUUGAGGAGGAAAAGCUUCUCUGGAAGCGUCGACAAGUCCAUAAGACUGAAGCAAUGUUAGAGGAGUUAAAGGAUAAGUUAGCAAGGGAAAGGAGAAGUAGGGAGAGGAUGGAAUCACUUAGCACCAAAUUGGCGAAUGAGCUGGCUCAAGCCAAGCUUUGUGCAAACCAAUAUAUGAUUAACUACGAGGAAGAAAAGAAAAAAAGACAAUUAUUAGAGCAAAUCUGCAACCAAUUAACCAUGCAAAUGGGAGAAGAUAGGGCCAAGCUCGAGGGACUACAGAGACAUUCCGUGAAAAUGGAAGAAGAGAGGAACAUGUUUCUAAUGGCGGAACUAUGGCGUGAAGAGAGCAUCCAAAUGAAGCUAGUUGAUGCAAAGCUUGCUCUUGAAGAUAAGUAUAAUCAGAUGAUUCAGUUGAUUUCUCAUCUCCAAAGUUUCUUAAGGUCAAGAGGUGAUGAACUAGACACCAUGGAGUUGAGGGAUGCUCAGUUGAUCAAACAGGCUGCAGAAUCAGUCAAUAUUCAUUGUGUUACAGAACUCUCAUAUGAUUUCACAAAGUCAAGUGAUGUUUUUUCCAUUUAUGAGGAGUUAAGAAAGGGAAACAUUAACGAGAGAGUGAUUCAAGUUGAACCAGACUACCCUCCCAAUGUUAUUGGUCCCUCAUCCACAAUCCACAUUGUAAGUAUUGAUGAAGAUUGCUUCAAAAAUAACUCUUUGCUACGUCUACAUCAAUCAAGCAACUCCGGUGAUUAUAGUACAGCGUUACAGGUGAUUAAUGUUAACCAAGACAAGAAUAUAUGGGAGAGUGAAUCAGAUCUAUGUUUUGAAAAUCAAAACGAUGGUUGUUGCAUUCACUGUGUUUCUGUGGCACAAGAAGAUCCCACAUUUGAUAAGGGGGAAGGUUCGGGUGAAAGUGGUUUAAGACAAUGCGAAUUAUUGGGGCAACGAAACUUUGCAGACUCUGAGAAUCCCCACAUAACUCGUGGGAUGAAAGGACGCAUAGAAUGGCCACGAGGCAUUGCCAAAAUCGAUUCUAAGGUCAUCCCUUUGGAAGAAAGAGUGCGAAAACAGAAAUCUCAGUUGCAGCAUAUACUUAAGCCGCUGGCUUGA